AGCAACUAACGUGUCACAUUGGGUGACUUAAGGGUCGUACGCCACGUAAGCAGACGAGGAAGAUAACGGGCUGUUGCAGAGGCAUUGGCAUAACCCCAUGGCAUGAGGUGGAUUGUGAAGGUGGGCUCGCUUGGGAAACAUCGGAUAGUAGCGGGAACAGACAACUAAGCACAUGCGCCGAGGACAGCAGAGCGCAUGCGCCGACGAUGGGCGAGCAACCGGGAGAAAGAAGAGGGGGAAGAAGCCUAAGGCCAACAGCGGCAGCGGCAAUUUCAGUCUCAGUUUUGGUUCACACUUUGUACUACGCACAAGGGAAGCCUCCCCAAAUAAAGAGAAUACACUGCCAACCUAACAUUUUCGUCUCGCUGACUCGCUCUUCCUCCACCCACGUACUCCGUCUUACUCGUGGGCAGGUCGUGCGAAUAACAAUAUUGUUAAAUCAUGUCAAAACACCGUUCUUCGAAUUUUUUUGCUUGCCAAAAACCCAUCAACUCGUACAAUUUUCAAUACUCUGGUUACCGAUUUUUUUGCGUUUUCGGGAGAAUAUUUCGAACAACCUCUCGUUCGGAUUUCUAGGUACCUCCUUCAUUUCAAAAAUAGCAAUGCUUAGAAGAAUAAUGAAAUAUUCGAAAAAUGUUAAGAUCUAGCCAUGCAAGUGAUCGUUCCAAGUGGCCUGGAUACUGUGUUUAAUAGAAGACUUAAUCGUCAGACACUGAACCCGUCGCAUGGGACAGCCGUGCAACAUAUUUUCGUUGUUUAAAUUCAGUCAAACACAACCCCGUUAGGUGAAUUAGCAGUACUAUGCAAUCCGAUGUUUACAUGAUCCUGAAAUUGAUCGAGGUCACUUGAACGGUUUCGAUCCACCAAUCGCAAUGACUCUGUUGUGUCGGAGCAUAAAGCUAUCGUUUCUAGUACGUUUACUUCAUCAGCCGACUAUUUUGUUCAUCAGUAUAAAGUAAUCAAGAAAUACUCCUGCUCAUACACUAUUAAUCGUUCUAAUGAAUUAUCUGUGUCUAAUCAAAACUUACAGCGCAAACAAGACUACAUAAUAAGAUGUUCAAACUGCAUAAUCAUUUCUAUAAAAGAAACAAUGUAAGAAGAAAUCCAAUUAAGAGUAAUAUUUAUUACGCAGAACACAACUGUGAGCAUAAGGGGUUAAAGCACAAUUUAACUAUGUAAUUUUGAUAGUAGCAGCUUUAAUGAUAAUUGGAAACGCUGAAUAGAGAGUUCCCGUCCUUUUUUGUACUGGGUGUUUUAAAUUUUUACGUCUAAUCAAACAAUAUUUACCGCCAAUGAGUCAGGGACGAUUAGACGGACUGUACAGUAUAUCGAUUGAUUACGAUGUUGCUAAUGAACCAGAUCUUGACAGAGUAAUUCAGGAUGUCACAGUUUUGAAAGCGGGAAGGUUCACAUGAUUACGACUACACCAUAAUUACAUAAUCUGUUCGUGUUAUUGUGAAAUCCUCUUAUUUUUAGCAAUCAUUUGUACCUUUGAUUAUCAUAUAACUUGAGUGAAUAAUAACGGGAAUUAAAUAUUUGAUUGUUCUAUGUGUGCACUUAUAUGGGCGCGGCUUUGUAUGACUUGACACGCAUGAAAAAUGGCCUUCGAACCGGCGCUGCUCGGCUUUAUUAUUCUGUUAUCUCACAUGUAAAUCCAAUGUCAUCAAACUACUUAAUAACAAAACAUACAUUAUAAAAUUUGUAUAUACACUUGAUUUUAUUGGACCACUUGACAAGGUGGAUUUAAUUCCUGUCCGCAUUAUAUGUUGAGAUUAGGUUGCGAAUUAAAUUCAAGGCGUUGCUACCAAACUACAUUGUCUCUAAUUAUGACAGGACAUCUUUUCUUCUCGCAAGAUAAAAUGACUCAGACUGGUCUCUUUGGCGAGCAUCACUUAGUGACAGACAGUAACCAUGGCUAUACGUACGAUUGGCUCGCGCUCGUGCUGUUAUAUAGCAGCCGCGUGUCUGCUGGUGGCUCUUUUGCUAAUCGCUUUCCUGACAAUCUUUGGUGUUAUUCCAAUUAAAAAUGGGGACAUUCCCGCUGGCGAGGAUUGGAUGCGUCCGGAAACGACGAUAACUCAAGGAAGACUCAGAGGUAUAAAUAUGGCCACACACCUUGGCAGAAGAUUCGCUGCCUUCAUUGGAGUUCCGUUUGCCGAGCCACCGAUUGGAGAUCUCAGGUUUAAACAAGCCGUACCGGCGGGUCCUUGGAACGGGACUCUAGAUACCGGCCGCAUGCCUAACGCAUGCAUUCAGGGAAUGAACGAGCUUCAGAAGGAGACAAAGCUCACGGGGGAUGAGGACUGCCUCUAUCUCAAUGUCUAUACGCCGCGGCUUCCUAGUAGCCAGAAUGCUACGUUACUGCCAGUGAUGGUCUUCAUCUAUGGUGGACAAUUCACGUAUGGAAUGAGCACUCCUGACCAACACAGUCCAGAAUUUCUUCUUAAUAAGGACGUGGUUCUCGUAGUUCCGAACUAUCGUUUGGGAAUACUAGGAUUUUUGAGUACCGGCGACGAAGUAUCGCCGGGAAAUAAUUUACUCAAAGAUAUAGCUGAAGCUUUGAGAUGGAUUCAACGAAACAUCAAGUAUUUCGGUGGUGAUCCAAAUAAAGUAACGCUCUUCGGUGGAAGUUCAGGCGCCACCUGCGUUCGCCUUUUAACCUUAUCUCCUUUAACAAAAGGACUCUUUCACCAAUUCAUGACACACAGUACACCGCAACUCUAUCCUCCUGUUCCUGAACCAUAUACGGUGGCCGCCACUCGAGCCACGAAGUUGGGCGAAUAUCUUGGUUGUCCAACCAACACGUCAACCACCCUUGUUAACUGUCUGAGGACUUUCAAUGGGUCAUACUUGUACGAUACAGACGUGCUGUUAAAGGAUGAAAGAACGGCCAGGCCUACUGUUUGGUAUCCUGUAGUCGAACCUGACGUAGAAGGUGCACUUUUCACGGAUACUCCAGGGAAUAUCAUUGCCAAUGGAAAACAGCACGAUUUGCCGUGGGUGGCCCUUGUAACUAAGGAAGAAGGAAUUGUUGUAACUGCAGUGUACUAUGAUGAGCCAGACUUGUUCCAGCAAUUUUUAGACAACGUUGACUCUCACCUAAUCAGCUUCUUGAGACACGACGUUUGGUCAGCCGAUGUCGAUGCCCAAACUGCCGCUCUUAAGUCUCGUUACUUGAACGAUCUAACUGCAGACAGAAAAUUGCUACUACACAAUUUGACUGACAUCAUAACCGAUUACGAGUUUACCUACUUCAAUUACAACGAGGUCAGACAACGUGCAAACAACUCUGCUUACAAGAGUCCCGUAUACUUUUGCACUUUUGACUACCGAGACAGUUUCAGCUAUACCUAUAAGUUUACUGGUAGUAACCCGGAGAAUUUGGGCCCGACGCACGGAGAUGAGUUUAUUUACCUCCUUCCUGGACCACGGGAAAUGUUUGGGCCACCAGGCUCUGAAUAUAGUGAGACCGAUUUGAAAAUGCUCGACGCUAUGGUGGAGCUAUGGACAUCGUUUGCUACCAAUGGGUUGCCGACUACUGCAGCUCUCAAUGACAACGCGAUUUGGGAACCAUUUUCAUCAGACGAAAAAUAUCUUCAGAUCGGUAAUGGCAGCGAUCCUGGAAUUCAGCUUAAAAGUGGUUUUAACGAAGAGCGAAUGCAGUUUUGGGAAAAUUUCUUUGCUGCUAAAAAGUAGAUUUAGUUUGAACUGCGGUUCCCAAUCAGAAUUCGUAUUCUCUGUUUUAAAAUAGUCUUUUGUGACUUGCCCGUCAGGGAAAGUGAAAGAGAUGUAGGAAUAAAUAUUUGAUGCCUAUCUUUGAA